AUGGUCACUACGAGAACAAGAUCGCGUGCCAACAGUGCUGCCGACGCCAAUGGCCACGCAGACUCUUCCGCCGCGGCAGGCGAGAAGCGCGGCAUCGAAAAGGAUGCUGCCAAUGGAUCUCCCGAUGCCAAGCGUGCGAAGAAGUCGGAUGAUGAUGAUGCCACCCGCCAGACCACCAUUGACGAAGCUUUUGAGAAGAAGGAUGACUCAGAGUCUAAGAAGGCUGAAGGCAAAGCCGAAGCAAAGGAAGAGUCCACCGACACGGAGAUGAAGGACGGCGAAGAUGAAGCCCCCACUAACGGCUCGACGAAGCCAGAGGAGCCAACCAAGGAAGAAGAGGCUGCAAUGGCAGAAAAGGUGGAAGAGGUAGAGCAGGCGGAAAAGGUAGACGAAGAGCAAAAGAAGAAAGAAGCUCCCAAGGAGGAUAAACCAGAUACAAGCGCAGCAGACGGAGAAACUGCAGAGAAGACAGGCGAAAAGGACAAAAUCCCCUCCACCAUUCUCGAAAAGGGCAUCAUCUACUUCUUCUUCCGCGCCCGCGUCAACACCGACGGCGCCGAAGAAGUAGACGACAUCGCCCGCAGCUACAUGAUCCUCCGCCCCCUCGCCACAGACUCCAAGCUGGGCGACGGCCCCAUCGGCGACGCGGGCAACACGCGCCUGCUCGCCCUCCCCAAAAAGGUCUUCCCUGAGACGGACCGCGACAAAUUCAUGGUCUUUGUCGAACAGGCGGGCGCUUCGUUUGCCGAGCUCAAGGAGCAGUUCUUGUCUGGUGCUGAUAAUCAGACUAAAUCCGGGGUAUCGCAUGCGCCUGCUGCCACGCCGGCUGGGGAGGGCGUUUAUGUGAUUACUAAUACUGGAAGCGACAGCCAUCUUGCGUAUAUGCUUACCCUGCCGUCUGACCUGGGCGAGGUGCAGAAGGAGCUUGGGCUCAAGGAGAAGGGCAGCUUCAUCUUGAGCACGAAGAACCCUUAUAAAAAGGGCCCUGCGAACGCUAGUCUCGACCAGACGCCCGAUUUCCCAGAGAGCAUUAAGGACGACUUCCGCGACCUGCGGUGGACAAAUACCAAGCCCGAGCACCUCGACUACCCCUAUGCCCAGUUCCUCUUCAUCGGCCAGUCUGGCAUCGAGAAUGCCGUCGAGCCAAAGUCAAAGGACGUCAAGGCGGGCAAGGAGAACCCAGAGGACGUCCUCCAGGAGAUUGGAGACGAGGACGAAAAGCGCAUGAAGCACCUCUCUGGCGACGACUCGGCUUCCAUCUUUGCUGAUUUACAGGCGCGGGUCAAGGAUUACCCAAAGCUGCAGACUACCUUUUAA